CCGGAUAAUUCAUAUGACGUCAUAUUUUCUUCUACACACCUGACACAUAAGAGGUCGGGGUUUUCCUCAUUCGGAUUUAAGGACUUGUGUUAAGGAUCCUGUGUAGAUUCUAGAUCUACUUGAACUGCAACCAAAGUGAAUCUACGCCAUUUCGAUAUUGCUCCUUGACGCAAAGGUCGAAGCCCGAGCCUUGGAUAAACAGAAAAAAAAACAUCUGACCAAAUCAUCUAGAUAUCUAGCUAGAUCUAGAUUAGAUCACAGAAAAUAAUAAUCUGUCGGACCUUGAUGCAGUUUCUUGGUGAUUACAAAAGUUAAAGACAGAACCAUUAUUCGGUUUCAACCACUUUGAGUGCCACCAGUAGCCAUACUGGCUUUGUCAAAUCUCCAGUUUUGUCACAAUAUAAGACAUUUUCACGUAGCUAGGACGUUACGGUUUUAUGAUGCAUCGCAUCAAAGACCUGUUGCUACGUUACUCCAAGUGCCAUUCCUUCCAUGAGCUGCCUGCCCUAUACUGCAGCUAUGCAACAAAAUCAGUUGGACCUAAAGUGUUGGGGCCUGGAAGGUAUUUUGGCACACAAGUUGCUGCUGAGCCUUUUUUAAAUGGCAGCUCCUCCGCUUACAUAGAGGAUAUGUUUGAGGCUUGGCAGAGAGAUCCUAAUAGUGUACAUAAGUCAUGGGAUGCCUUUUUUCGUCAAACUGCCAGAGGAGCACCACCAGGUCAGGCAUAUGCUGCCCCACCAACUCUAAGGGCCGCAAUGAUGUCCUCUGUUCCUGCUGCACUGCCCAGACAUGCAGUGGAGCAGGGCAUGCCUGUGGAUGAGAAAACUAUUGAAGACCAUUUGUCUGUCCAGUCCAUCAUCCGCUCAUACCAGGUCAGAGGUCACAAUGUCAGCCAGCUAGACCCAUUGAGUAUAUUAGAUGCUGAUCUCAAUAGUGAAACCCCCAAGGAGCUACUGCUAGAUACUUACAAGCUGGGUGAAGGCGAUCUUGACCGUGUAUUCCGGCUCCCAAACACCACCUAUAUUGGAGGCAAUGAGUCAGUCCUGCCCUUAAAGGAAAUCAUCCGGCGUCUGCAGAAUGUGUACUGUCGUUCCAUUGGUGUUGAGUUCAUGUUCAUCAAUGACCUCCAGCAGACAGACUGGAUCAGGCGCAGAUUUGAAACUCCUGGCAUCAUGCAGUUCAGUACAGAGGAGCGCCGGUUGAUUUUGGCAAGACUGAUCAGAUCAACAAGAUUUGAAGAGUUUUUGGCCCGCAAGUGGUCGUCAGAAAAACGUUUUGGUCUGGAAGGCUGUGAAGUUCUCAUCCCUGCUAUGAAGACCAUCAUUGACGCUUCCAGUGCUCUUGGAGUGGACAGCUUCAUUAUUGGAAUGCCACACAGAGGCCGGCUCAAUGUCCUGGCCAACGUGUGUCGCAAGCCACUGGAGAAAAUCAUUUGCCAGUUUGACUCUAAGCUGGAAGCGGCAGAUGAGGGGUCUGGGGACGUCAAGUACCACCUGGGCAUGUCACACGAGCGCCUGAACCGCGUCACCAACAAGAACAUCAAGAUUGCUGUUGUAGCUAAUCCCUCCCAUCUGGAGGCUGUUGAUCCAGUGGUGCAAGGCAAGGCUAGGGCUGAGAUGUUCUACCGGGGAGAUAAUGAUGGCAAAAAGGUGAUGCCAAUGCUGCUUCACGGGGAUGCUGCUUUUGCUGGGCAAGGCAUUGUGUAUGAAUGUCUUCACUUGUCAGACUUACCAGCGUUCACCACCCACGGCACCAUCCAUCUUGUGGUCAACAACCAGAUUGGCUUCACUACUGACCCGCGAUCAUCCCGCUCCUCCCCCUACUGUACUGAUGUAGCCCGUGUGGUCAAUGCCCCAAUUUUCCAUGUGAAUGCAGAUGACCCCGAGGCUGUGAACUACGUGUGUAAAGUGGCAGCUGAUUGGAGGGCUACAUUUGGCAAGGACGUUGUCAUUGACUUGGUGUGCUAUAGAAGAUUUGGGCACAAUGAAAUUGAUGAGCCCAUGUUCACUCAACCUCUCAUGUACAAAAAGAUUGCUAAACAACCCACUGUGUUGGCCAAAUAUGCAGAGCACCUCAUCAACAACAACAUUGUUACACAGGAAGAAUAUGAGGAGGAAAUCUCCAAGUAUGACAAGAUCUGUGAAGAAGCUUACUCCCUGGCCAAGAAGGAAACAGCUGUCAGCAAUAUUGACUGGCUCGACUCCCCAUGGAGUGGAUUUUUUGAAGGUCGUGACCCCAUGAUGCUGCCCACAACUGGAGUGUCUGAAGAAUGUUUGAAACACAUUGGCACUGUGUUCAGUACCCCACCAGAGGACUUUGUUAUACAUGGGGGCCUGAAGAGAGUGCUGAAGGCGCGUGCGGAUAUGGUGGAGAACCGGCAGGCUGACUGGGCUCUGGGUGAGGCCCUAGCCUUUGGUUCCCUCCUGAAAGAAGGGAUUCAUGUGCGACUAAGUGGUCAGGAUGUGGAGCGCGGCACAUUCAGCCAUCGUCACCAUGUGCUGCAUCACCAGACCAUUGACAAGAAGACAAUAGUCCCAUUGAACAAGUUGUAUCCAGACCAGGCCCCCUACACCGUCUGCAACAGUUCACUCUCAGAGUAUGGUGUACUAGGGUUUGAAGUGGGUUACUCCAUAACCAACCCCAAUGCGCUUGUCAUUUGGGAGGCCCAGUUUGGGGACUUUGCCAACACUGCCCAGUGCAUCAUUGACCAGUUCAUUUCAAGUGGUCAAGCUAAGUGGGUCAGACAGUCUGGCAUUGUCCUUCUCCUUCCUCAUGGCUUUGAAGGCAUGGGUCCAGAACACUCAAGCGCCAGACUGGAAAGAUUCCUGCAGCUAAGUAAUGAUGAUCCAGACUACUUCCCUCCUGAAGGUCCCAACUUUGAGAUUCAACAGCUUCAUGAUUCCAACUGGAUUGUGGGCAACUUUACAACACCAGCAAACUUCUUUCAUGCCAUGAGGAGACAAAUUGCCUUGUCCUUCAGAAAGCCUCUGGUAGUGUGCACACCAAAGUCUCUGCUCCGUUUGCCUGAAGCUCGCUCCAGCUUUGAUGAGAUGAUUGAAGGCACCAGGUUCCAGCGUCUGAUUCCUGACACAGGACGAGCUGGCCAGCAUCAUGAGGGGGUCAAGAAACUCAUCUUUUGCUCAGGAAAAAUUUAUUAUGAGCUUGUGAAGGAAAGGGAAACAAGAAAUCUACAGGAUGAGAUAGCUAUCUGUCGUGUAGAACAGCUGACCCCCUUCCCCUUUGACUUGGUGAAGGCCGAGCUGGAGAAAUACCCCAAGUCUAAGGUGUGCUGGGCCCAGGAGGAGCACAAGAAUGCUGGAGCUUGGAGCUACAUCAGACCUCGCAUCAAGACAGUCCUCAGAAAACAAGGAGUUUACAGAAAGAUUGAGUAUGCAGGCAGGUUCUCAUCAGCUGCGGCUGCUACAGGCAACAAACAGAUGCAUCUAAUGGAGCUGUCACAGCUCUAUGAUGCAGCUAUGGACCUCUCAUCUGUACCUAAAAAAUAGUUUGACCAGACAGUGUAAUAUAGUGUAAUGUAGAGCUCAUGACACACAGCAAGCAAAGGACUGUGUGCAGUAUAGGACAGCACAGCAGAUGGUUUGUUAGGUCGCUGUGGUUGUGCUGAUCUUGUCCUGCAUCUUGACAGUUUUGUCAUUAACUUGUUUUUUCUCAAUGGGUGACUCGAAUGUUUGUUUUGUUUCUUUUUUCUCAAUGGGUGUCUUGAAUGUUUUGUUUCUUGCAAUGGAUGGCCAGUACUCUGACCAGAUCUGGUAACAUCAGUGACCUUACUCAAGAGACUUGUUUAUCAUUUACGCGGUUCCCUUUUUAGUUUGGAUUUACGCAAUCAAAAAGUUUGUAACACUGAUUCGUGUGAGAAGUAUUUCACUCUUCAUUUGAGCUAUCAUUAGGUCAAAAUUGUGUUAAGUUUAUUGUUAUUCAAGUGGAUACUAUCUCUCACUCUUGUAAAAUGAGUUUAUGCGCAAUAAUUUCUCUCAGUACUGAAAUGUUCUGUGAGGCUGAUUAGUUCUGAUUGUGGUUACAAUUCACUGCUAGAUUUAUAAGUAAACUUUUGUUUACCGUUAGUAACAAGUUGCCUUCAACACCCCACCCCCCCCCCCCCCCCCCCCUCCCAUCAUCUGGUAAUUUGCUGCCAAGUUGGCCCUUGUGUAAAUGCUUAAUUUUUCUACCCCAUUGGAAGGCCAGCGUCAUCUCAUUUGGUUAGCUAGUUGAUGUGGAUCAGCUAUGUGACUUGACAUCUAGAAACCAGACAAUAAACUUGCUACAUUUGUGUUCUAUAUUUUUAGAAUAAAUAGUCAUGUUUGCCUGUGAGUAAGACUGGUUUUGGAUUGUUUUAAUUUCUGUCUUCUUAUUCAUGCACAUAACUAUUUAUAUAUUAACAUACAUAACCUAAUACAUUUUUGAUUUUACUGACAGUUU